AUGUCGGUCGGUUUCAUUACUUCAAGAUGCAAAUGUAAGCAGCUUGAAACUAUUGAAAAGCAAAUUCAUCUUAUAACCUAUUUGGAAAAUUUAGCAGAAAGGCUGACAUUCUUGCAAAAAUUAGAGGAGAUGGAAACAAAAGUGACAAGGGCAAGGGCUAUGGUGUUUGCUCAUGAGAACAAGUCGUUCCUUCUAGGUAGAAUUUGCAAUUUGGAAAAGAUUCACAGCAGUUCAGAUGGCAAAAACUUGAGAUUUCAUCCAGUAAUAUUACGCAAUGUGAUAAAAACCCGCCUUGGCAUUGGAGAGUUAUAUGAGAAAGCAGCGGAUCUCUGGAGAAGUGGGAAAAAAAAAAAGAAAGAUGUUUUGAAGGAAAUGCCAUGUUUCUCACUAAUUUAUCCUGCUUUGGACUUGUUCUGUCAAUUCGCCUUUUUAUUGAAUAAACUUCGAUUAAAAAAGAUUUGA